AUGAGCAAUCUGGCUCAUAACACCGGAAAGCCUUCCGGAAAACUGGAAAUAGAAUGUCGUACAGGCGAAGCAAAAUUGACCCAAGGACACAAUUUACCAGCUCGAUACAUCAUACAUACUGUGGGUCCUAAAUUCAAUGUGAAAUAUCAAACAGCAGCAGAAAACACUUUGCACUCUUGUUACAGAAGCGUAUUACAUAAAUCCCGUGAACUAGGUCUACAUUCCAUAGCUCUUCCAGUCAUCAAUUCCGUCCAGAAAAAUUAUCCUCCCGAUCAAGGAGCACACGUGGCUUUGAGAACGAUACGAAGGUUUCUCGAAACGUACGGAUCGACGAUGCACACAAUAGUUUUAGCACUUCAAAAUUCAGAUGCAGGCAUCUAUGAGGUUCUCCUGCCGUUGUAUUUUCCGCGCACAGAAGCGGAAGAAGAAUCGGCCCGGUGGCAACUUCCAGAAAAUAUUGGAGGUCUAUUAGGAGAACCUCUUCAACCAGAUAGGCAGAUCAGAAUUAUUGACAAUCCUAGGCACGCUGUCACACUGACCGACGAUGACUCAGUGUCAUUAUCUCUCAGUGAAGACUUCACCAGAAUGCAUGGUGAUUUGGACAGGGAACGUCUUCUUGGAGAAAGACCUCAAUGUGAUCCUAUUAUUGACACCAUGGCCAAGGAACUGAGACACCAAGAAAGAUAUGAACGUUUGCUGAGACGAGCCAAAACUGAAGAUUUGACCGAAGUUUCUGGCAUCGGAUGUUUAUACCAGAGUGGAGUCGACAGAUUGGGCAGGCCCGUCGUCGUCUUCUGCGGAAAAUGGUUCCCUGUCAAUAAUUUAAAUUUGGACAAGGCUCUUUUAUAUCUGAUCGCUCUAUUGGAUCCGAUCGUAAAAGGAGAUUACGUGAUCGCCUACUUCCAUACUCUGACGUCAAACAACAACUACCCUUCGUUCGCCUGGCUGAGGGAGGUUUACAGCAUAUUGCCAUACAAAUAUAAGAAGAAUUUGAAAGCCUUCUAUAUCAUUCAUCCUACGAUCUGGACGAAGAUGAUGACAUGGUGGUUCACAACUUUCAUGGCUCCAGCAAUCAAACAAAAAGUACAUUCUUUACCAGGAGUAGAACAUUUAUAUUCUGUGAUGACACCAGAUCAGUUGGAAAUUCCUGCUUAUAUCACCGAAUACGAUAUGACGAUCAACGGUUUACAUUAUUUCCAACCAGGACAGACAACUGCGGCCACGUAAUAUAGCGUUCUAUGUCCGAGAACAAAAAAUUUAAAAGCAAAUCAAAAUUAUUCCAUAACAUAUGAAGAGAUUCAUCCCUUAACUUAUAAGUCGUUAGUUGAUAAUAAUCAAAGUGAAUGAAACAUUAUCAUAAUUAAUAUUUUAUUUUUAAUUUUAAUUUUAUUUUUAGAAUCAUAUUUGA